CGCUUCAUUUCCCCCCCCCUCCCAUUCUCCAACCCCUCGUUUCUGCUCUUUCGCUCGCCCCGCCCCCCGACCCGGUCGGUUUGAUUCUACCACCCGCGACUGUCUGCAGGCAUGCCAGGGCACCAGUCGGUCCUCCACCCGGAUCUCGGGCUGGAGGUCACCACACACAUUGUCCCUCACUCCCCGGAAGAGCGGGCCCUGCUGGCCCAGUUCGUGGAUGGCCUGGCGCCGGCCGAGGCGCUUGACGCCUUGGGCGUGGCGCCGGUCCUGUCCUGCCCGGACGCCCCGGUUCUGGGGACGCUGGCGCCGGAGCAUGCCACCGGUGGCGUCAACGCCGUGGCCAAGCUGGCGGCGUCGGUCAGUUCGAACACCAUCAUCGGCAGCAGCGUGGCCUUGAUGACCGGCGCGACGCCGGAAUCCUCGGCACAGCCCCCGCCGAGCACCGGCGGCGGGCUCUCCUCGCGCCGGGCCGCCUCGCGCCGAGCCUAUCGCGAGGAUCCCUCGGACGAUGAUGACGAAAUGCACCUGGCCGGCGACGCCGGCGACCGGCCCGGCUCGGCCAACCUUUAUGCUGCGUACCAGGCUGGCGGGCGAAAGCGCCGCGUCCUGGCCCGGCACUUCCUGGCCGGCGCCCUUUGGGAGCGCUCGGCCCGGGCAGCCGGCACUCCCGCGCCCGGGGAGGCCACGGUUCCUCUGCGUUUGGACAUCGACUACGAGCAUUUCCGGCUGCGGGACUCCAUUCUGUGGAAUCUCGAAGAGACCGUCAUCGAGCCACGCGAGUUUGCGGCCCAGCUGCUGGAGGACCUCUGUCUCCAGCCGCAACACCAGGCCUACUUGCAGGUGCUCGUGACCGAGGCGCUGGCCCUGCAGAUUGAUGCCUACCGGCAGUUUGUCACCUACCUCCGGAGUGACCCGGUUCGGCAGUACCUGGAGAACUACUUCCAAAAGAACCCGGAAGGGGUCCUGAUCAAUCUUGACAUGAUUGUCGGCAGUAUCGCCCUCAAGGACCGCUUUGUGUGGGACCCGGUUGGCUUCUAUUGCCAGGCGACCGGGCUUCGGUGUGCGCCGCUCGAGGCCCACCAAGACCCGAGCUCCACGGCGUACAUCUCGCCGGUGACCUUCGCCCAGCAGAUGUGCGCCGAUCUGGGUCUUGGCGGGGAGUUUGUCAACGAGAUUGCCUUCCACAUUUAUGAGCAGGUGUUCCGGUUUUUCCGCAUCAAGCUCGGCUAUGGGAUUAACACCAGCCACCUCGCGGAGAGCGGGCUUCCCUCGGAUGUCAGCCUCCUGCUGAGUUCCUUCGCGUCGGUGCGCACGGAAAAUGAGGCAUCCUCCGGCGAGUGGGCCCCCUCGGUGGAGAUCCUCAGUGAGAAGGACAUCGAGCGUUUGCGCGAGGAUCGUGAUCGGAGUGCUCGGCGCCGGCGCCGUGACGCCCCGGCCCAGUCCGGCUUUUCGGUGGCCACCUUCUCGGCAAAGACCCUGGCCGCGGCGCAGAUGGCCGCCCAGGCGGCCGCCCGCCGUGCUCCCCGGCCCGCGCCAGUUCGCCGUGUGUCGGACAACCGCGCCGCCAAGGCCGCGCUUGCCAGCCAGGCCGAGCAGGAGCGCUCGCGUCAGCUGGGCGCGGCCAUGAACAUGUAUGCCGGCUGGGCCACGGCAGCCGUGGCCAAGCCCCCGGCCCCGGUGGCCCCCCGGGCACCGGCAAGUGCUCGCCACUUCGCCCCGGCACAGGACCGCCAAUAAAUGGCACAUCAAGCGGGCA